GGUACCGCUAGACUUCUUUAUGCGGUUUCCUUCCGGGGCUUCUCCUCAUUUCAAAGCCUGCUCGAUAUGAGCAGCUUGAUGUACUAAUAUCUUUCCGUGCACGCUUUCAAAUUGUAUCUCUCGGGUUCGCUCGUUUUCUUUGUCCAUUUCACCAGCAUCUGUGAUGCGCCAGCGUGGUUCGAUCAGCUACGAGUCGGGGCACGUAUGGCCGCCCCCACCCCCCGAACGCGACGAGACGGAGGAACAGCGAGCGGAGCGGUUGGAGCAGGAGCGAGAAGCAAAGCGGGUGAGCGAUGAGAUCGACAAGGCGAUUGAGCAGCAGCGGGAGGAGAUGAAGAAACGGCGGCCACAGAUGAAGAUUCUGCUCCUAGGGCAAGCAGAGUCGGGUAAAUCGACAAUGCUGAAGAACUUCCAGCUGCAGUUUACGCCGAAGGCGUUUAAGGCUGAGUCCGGGGCAUGGAGAGCAGUCAUCCAUCUGAACCUCGUCCGCUCAGUCAAUUUCAUCCUUGACCUUCUCUCCCCCAACCCCCGCUUCACGCAUGCGGGCUCGCCCGCCUCCGUCAUCAUCUCCGGCUCUGACCUCCUUGGGCAGCAGCAGCCCCAGUACGUGCACACCGACGGCCCGGUGGGGCCCAUCAUCGAGCCUACCCCCGAGCUCAAGCAGCUCAGGAUGCGGCUGUCGCCGCUGAAGCGGGUGGAGGAGAUGCUCAGCAAGCGCAUAUCCGCGGACGACCCGAACCCCGUGCGGAAGGGGUUGAACUCGGCGAGCGAGGUGUCGGUGCGGUCGGGGAGCGGGUGGAAGGCGCUGGCGAGGCUCAGCCACCGGACGCGCCCCGCUAGCCCGGACGAGCUCGAGGACGCCGGGCGCGUGAUUGAGGCGUGCAGGGACGAUAUUAUUGAGUUGUGGGCGGACCCCGUUGUGCAGAAGGGCUUGAAGAGCAACGAGAUUGCGCUACAGGAGCAGUCAGGCUUUUUCCUAAAUGAAGUUUCUCGAAUAGCGGUCAAAGACUACACGCCCACACCAGAGGAUAUCCUCAAGGCGCGCUUACAGACGAUGGGCGUCGAGGAGCACCGUCUUAUUAUGGAGACUGCGACGGAGUCAGGGAAGGAGUGGGUCAUUUACGACGUCGGCGGUAGCCGAGGACAAAGACCUGCUUGGGCACCUUUCUUUGAUGACGUCAACGCUAUCAUUUUCCUCGCCCCUAUAUCCGCCUUCAACCAAACGCUCUCCGAAGACAAGUCUGUCAACCGUUUAUGGGACUCCUUUUAUCUAUGGCAGUCGAUAUGCACGAAUCGCAUCCUCGCGAAUGUCACCAUCAUCCUGCUACUCAAUAAAGUGGACGUCCUUGAGGCGAAGCUCCAGGCGGGUGUGAAUUUCUCGAAGUAUGUGACGAGCUACAAGGACCAGCCGAACGACGUAGAGCACGUUAGCAAGUAUUUGAAGGCGAAAUUCUCGGCCAUCCAUCGACAACACUCCAACCGAAAUCGGAAACUGCACAUACACCUUACGACAGCAACGGAUCACCGAGCAACCUCUAUCAUCCUUGUUCGCAUCCGCGAAGUCAUCCUAACAAACAACCUAAUCGACUCCGAUUUCGUGUGAGCACGACUCUCGUCUGCCUCUCCCCCCGCGAUCCUCAUCCACCGAUCUAAGCAUCUGACCACCCCGCGCCCGGUGCGCAUUACAUCUCACUCAUUUUCUUAUGUACACAUGGAAUGGAUGGACGGAUGGAUACACGCACGGGAGCGGGGAAGGGUUAGGUGUACUGCGCGCGAUCUACGAGAUGCGGAGAGGAAUAUGGUGUGCUAUUUGUUCGUGUACUGAUGUUCGACUAAUUACCGUAAUCGGCUUUGUGCUAAUUUAUCUCUCAUCUAUCAUCACGAACCAUAUUGCUGCCCGC